AAACAAGCGCUUCAACACCCGUGGCUCAGACUCGCCGACAAACCCGGAACCGGCACUCAAUUGGGUUGCAUUGAAAACCUGAGACAAUACUACAAACGAUAUAAAAAUUGGUAUGUGAACGCCUCGUGUAAAACCCAUUACCGUCGCCGUCCGUUGCACUCAUGCUUUACACACCCGAGUCGUAUGAUAUACCCGCCGGACGAACAGUACACUCCGCCCCCGAGUCCGGAGCGAGAGUACACUCCGCCCCCGAGUCCGGAGCGAGAGGUCGGGCACUCAAAGUUCAAGGCCUCGCAGUUCGACGAGACUAUGAAACAGAAGAUCUCGAGAGAUCACUACGACGUCCACUCCGAGAGCCAAUACCAGAGCGGACCCGACACUUAUUUGCUGCAACUCAGAGACACAGACUUCGCCACUCGUAUCCGACAGUACCUCCGAGUGGGCGCCUCCAGGAGUCCCAGUUUGGCCGCCAGUCUCAGAGAAUCCCAUUGGGGAGACAAAAAUCACUCAGACUACGGCUAUAAACCGUCGGUUUCGGUGAGAGAGCGGCGAAAGUUCACAGAUAUUAUGGACGAAGAGGUGAGCGACGAGAAGAAGGGUCUCGAGACUCGAUCCAAACCAAGCCGUUUAGUGCGAGAGGUGGGCACAAGUGGUUACGCUUACGGACAGUUGCAUCACCUGAAGAGAGAGGCCAAAGCCAAUGUAGUGGCCGGCGAUCUGAGCGCCACCGGAACCGUCACUAAAGUGCCGUUUUUUCGCGAAAAACUCAAAGAUAUGGCCGUCAGAGAGAACGAAGACGUGGUGUUCAGUUGUCUGGCUGUGGGAGAGCCCACUCCCAGCUAUACCUGGUUUAGAAACGACGGCAUUCUUAUCGAGAGCUCGCGGAUCGAAGUGAAGCGCACGGAUGAGGGC